AUGUCCUCACCCUCACCACCUCCUUCAACUCCCAUUCCAAAAUGCCCUAAUGAUCUAUUCAAUUUCGAUGAUCAAUGCGUAUUGGUUGAAGAUGCAGAUGAAGAAAUAAUGGAAUUAUACAUGUCACUCGCAUCGGCUUCUCCAGAAACGACCAAACUGGCCAUAGACGAUAAUUCAGGUGGAUUGGGGUUUCUGAAUUCCAAUGAAUCCAUAUUGGAAAUUACCAUUGAUCUGACCCCACUUCCUCCUUUCGAUGUGCCUGUCAAUGGUAGUAGUGUACAUAAGAGAGAGAGAGGCCAGAAGAAGAAACCACCUCAAAAUAGAUCGGUGGACAACGUCGUGGUGAAGGUUCAACAGGAUUUAGGAAUGUUGAAGAGUCAAAAAGGAGAUACUGGUAGCGUCCUAUGGCGAUCAUCUCUUCACCUAUCCACUCAACUUCUCCGUCAAUCUACCUAUCCCACUUCAUACCCUCGACCGAUAUUCAAUUCCGACAUUCUUGGUAAAUCAUCGAUAUUGGAAUUAGGUUCUGGGACAGGUCUCCUAGCAGUAUUGUUAAGUAGAUUAUGCGGGAGAUACACUUCAAGCGAUAGGUUAGAGAAUCUUAAGUUGGUUAAGAAGAAUUGUGAGAUUAAUGGGAUAGGUAUUGAAGAUGGUUCGGUACUGGUCUCAGAUAAGGAAAAGGAAAAAGAUAGUAAAUUAUCCAGAGCCAAAUCAAAUGAGAAUAAAUCUGGACAUGGUCAUAGUAAAAUGACAACAAUACCUGAAAUCCGACCUAAAGUAAACCUAGAAGAAAUAGAUUGGAUAGCUAUAUUUCAAGAACGUAAAUCCCAUCCUGAACGUUGGCCAUCAUCUCCCACGCAAGAAAAGGCAGAAUACGAUCUGAUAUUAGCUGUAGAUUGUAUAUAUAACGAAUAUCUCGUUCAACCCUUGAUCGAUACGCUGGCAAAGUAUUGUAAGAAAGGGAAAGCAGGAGGGAAUGUAGUUUGGGUGGUGGUGGAACUGAGAUCUUCCGAUGUACUCACUUUGUUCCUAGAGAAAUGGUUGACCGACCCAUCAGGUCCAUGGACGAUUGUGAGGUUGAGCGAGAAGAUGAUGGGUCAUUGGGAAAAUAGAAAGGCUCGUUGGGUAGGAUGGGUCGGAUGGAGGUGA